AUGGUGCAAACAAGAGCGGGCCGAGGUGCCCCGGACCAGAUUGUCGUCGACGACGCUCGUUCGGCGAGGUUGACGCGACGUCGCGUAGACCCUGACACAACGACCACGGAACGCGCCGCCCUGGCCACCAUCGCAGGUGCAACAUCCCGGCUGGUACGGAGCAGGGGCAAGGAGAAGGUCAUACCUUCGAGCGUCACAGAAGAAGAGAUGGACGCUGAGGAGGAAGAUGAAGAAGAUGAUGAUGGCGAAGAAGUGGUCAGGAACGAGCCGCCAGCACGCUUCAAUGCACGACACGUGUUUAAGGGCAGCAUGAGUCCGCCGCCGAGCGAAAGUGAGAUGGGAUCGCAGAGCGCUGCGGGGACUCAGAGAUUUAUGACCCCUGGAUAUACCCGGCUUUCGAGCAUAGCCCAGCCACCAGACCUGUCGCUAUCGGCGCGAGCCACACGCGAAGGCCAGGUGCAUUUACCGGGCGUUGAGGACGAUGGCGUCGACGACCCGUCCGAACAGGAAGCCGACGAGAGGGAGGACAGAGAGGAGGCCGAGCUUAAGGAGAACGCCCUCGAUUCCCUCUGGCACAACUCCGAGGGGUUCGCGAGGCUGCUCCGGAACCCCAAACCAAGCAAAAUGUCCUGGCACAGGCUGCUCGAUGUCCUCCGCCGCAAUUGGUUUGGCACCAGGGUGUUCUUCGCGAAACAAGACGAGCUGUUCAUCGACCUUCCCCAGACCGUUCGGCACAUCAGCGAGCAGUGCGAGAUCAAGGCCCGAGCCGUCACUGUGGGGGCGAACGCGACUGCCUUGCUGGAAGCAUUGUCUGAGGCGGUCGCGGAUCGCCAGGAUGGUCAUUUCUUCAGGUUAUUUGAGCGUCUGGACGAAGAUUUCCCGGCGCCAUUCUGUCCCAGCGAUGACUGGCAUGAGGUUGUCGCCGAGGAGGACAUCGAUCUCGCGCUGGAUAUCCGGACACACAGGUUGAUUAUUAACCUGAACAAUCUGGAAGACGAGCGGCAGAGCCCGGUCGACGUGGCAUCCAACAUCUUCUGCGCCGCCGAGGCGUCAGCCAAUGCGGUGGAAGCUCUGCAGAAUGGACCCUUCAAGGGUAUCAAGGGUCGCAAGGCUGAACAUUUUGGCGAGAGAGCGCAGACGGUUCUCAACCUCAUCCGUGGAAAGAGCGUUGCCGAGGCCGUUCGGGCUCUGGAUGGCAACUUCCCUCUCGAAAGACCGCUCGAUGGGUCUCAAGGUGAUCCUAAAGCUGCGGACGAUUUCACCACCAAGAUAUCCGCCUGGUGCGGCAAGAUCAUUGACGAGAUCGAAGAGGGCUUAAGGGACUCGCCGCCGUUACCAAGGGAGUCUUCACCGCCAGACUCUCUGGCCUCGUCCAUGGCGGCACAGGACAUAGUCCGGAAGGACGUGCAUGACGACAUGCUCUCACGACCCAAUGUACACCUCUUAGCAAUGCUUUCCCAGCAGAAACAACUAUCACAAGCGCCCCGCGCAUCCCUAGUCUCGACCAACCCUCGACGGGGCACCACUCGCGAACCAACCGUCAACGGCGGCCUCGACGACUACGAGGAAGACCAAGAACAGAGCCGCCGCGAGCCCUCUCUCGCGUCCACGGACAUCGAGGGCAUCCUCGCCGACCUUCCCAGUACCGCAAUCACCCGCAACAGCAUCCAGCCUCCUUCCGCCGAUGUCGGUUCCAGCAGCGAUCAUGUCCCCGCCGCCCCGGUCGUCCGCUCUGGCUUCACCCCCGUCAACGGCGCCAAACGCACGCAACCCCAGUCCCAGUCCCAAGAUACCGACGAUGGUUUCGAGUACGACGACCGCAGACCCGACCCACGACGCAGGGCUCAACUCGACCGCGACCGCCGUGAUAUGCCGCCUCCCCCUUCUCGUCCCCGGAAGCGCAUUCGUCUAUCGUCCACCGCAGCGCCUCCACCGCCGCCACCCCCAUCAUCCUCAGCCCCUCGUCAGGCAGACUCCAUCCCGCCCAGCGGCUCCGCCCCCCUUCCCUCCUCCUCCUCCUCUUCCUCGCGUAGCUCCCUGCCGAGCAGCACAAACAGCAGCGGCCCCUCCUUCCGCGAGCUCAGUGAAAUGAACCGCCGCGCCGCCUCCCGCGGCCCGCAGCAACGCGUUCCCUGGUCCGACAGCGACACUCGGCGCCUUAUUCGCCUCAUUGAGUACCACAAUUGCCUCUGGGCGCUCAUCGCCAAACGCCAGUUCCACGAGCACCGCGGUUCCGACCCGGGGCCCGAAGUACUGCAGGAUUGUAUCUUUGACCACCCGCGCGACCAGCAGGCCAUCCGGGACAAGGCGCGAAAUCUCAAGGUUGACUUGCUGAAAGCCGACCUACCCCUCUACCCCGGCUUCGACGGCAUCGCCCUCGGCAAGAAGGAGCGGCAGGCCCUCAUCAGUCGCGGUAAGAAUCCGGAUCGCACGGAGGCCGACGUCGACGCGGACGGCAACCCGAUGCAUACCGAGUACGUGCCCCUCGGCGAAGAGGAGCAUGGCAUUUAA